AUGGCGCAGUACAAAGGCGCCGCCAGCGAGGCUGGCAGAGCCAUGCAGCUGAUGAAGAAGAGAGAAAAGGAGAGAGAGACGCUGGAGCUGCUCAAGAUAAAGAUUGCAGAGGACAACAUGGUCAAGUCCAACAUCGACAAGAAGUUCUCGGCUCACUACGACGCCGUGGAGGCGGAGCUUAAGUCCAGCACCGUCGGUCUGGUGACGCUGAACGACAUGAAGGCGAAGCAGGAGGCGCUGGUGAAGGAGCGCGAGAAGCAGCUGGCCAAGAAGGAGCAGUCCAAGGAGCUGCAGCUGUGAGUCGCCAUCGACGACCGAACGCUCGCCGUGUCUUCAGCGCGUUGGAAGUGUCGCUGACCCACGGGGGUUGAACCG